AUGGGUUAUAUUCACCUGAUGACAGCGUUAGAUUGGUCGGAUGUGAUGGCAAAGCGGGACUACGAGAAGUACUUGGUGUAUUCACGAUCGAAACUUUGUCUGCAUUUGAUGGCAUUUGCUCUCCAUCGACGAAUGAACAUCGCUCGACGGAACGUUGCCGUAAAUGUCGUCGAAUUGGGAAGGAACGUGAACGACACAAUGGCAAAUGAACUCCUUAUGUCAGUUUCUAUGGAAAUCUAUGUUUCCUUGUCUGAGGAGUUCGGUCAUGAGUUGCCUAUCAAGGUAGGCGCAGCGACUUCGGCCUGCUGUCGAGUAAUGUCGAGCUUUUCAAUGUGUCGUGCGGCAGGAAACCUGGUACAACUCAUAGAAAAUCCAGCUUUCGAGACGCUUUCCGGGAAGUACCUGGACUCGAUGGGCAAACAAAUCAGGUGA